AGUGCCACCAUGGUGGUCUCAGGGAUCCUUCUGGUGGCUUUGCUCACCUGCUUGACAGUAAUGGUCUUGAUGUCUGUCUGGAGGCAGUGGAAGCUCUUGGAGAAGCUCCCUCCAGGACCUACUCCAUUGCCCUUCAUCGGGAACUAUCUGCAGCUGAACAUACAGCAGAUGUCUGAUUCCUUCAUGAAGAUCAGCAAACGCUAUGGCCCUGUGUUCACCAUCCACCUGGGGCCUAGGCGUGUCGUGGUGCUGUGUGGAUACGAGGCGGUGAAGGAAGCUCUGGUGGACCAGGCUGAAGAAUUCAGUGGGCGAGGCGCACAGGCCACCUUUGACACUCUCUUCAAAGGCUAUGGGGUGACGUUCAGCAACGGGGAGCGGGCCAAGCAGCUCAGGCGCUUCUCCAUCACCACACUGCGGGACUUUGGAGUGGGAAAGCGCGGCAUUGAAGAGCGCAUCCAGGAGGAGGCAGGCUUCCUCAUUGAGGCCCUCCGGGACACACGAGGUGCCUUCAUCGAUCCCACCUUCUUCCUGAGCCGAACAGUGUCCAAUGUCAUCAGCUCCAUUGUUUUUGGGGAUCGCUUUGACUAUGAGGACAAAGAGUUCCUGUCAUUGCUGCGUAUGAUGCUGGGGAGCUUCCAGUUCACAGCUACAUCUAUGGGGCAGCUCUGUGAAAUGUUUCAUUCAGUUAUAAAAUACCUGCCAGGACCACAGCAACAGGCAAUUAAGGAGCUGCAGGGUCUGGAAGACUUCAUAACCAAGAAGGUGGAGCAGAACCAACGCACACUAGACCCCAACUCUCCUCGAGACUUCAUUGACUCCUUCCUCAUCCGCAUGCAGGAGGAGCAGAACAACCCUAACACGGAGUUUCACUUGAAGAACCUGGUGUUGACCACACUGAACCUCUUCUUUGCGGGCACUGAGACAGUCAGUACAACCCUGCGGUAUGGCUUCUUGCUGCUCAUGAAGCACCCAGAUGUGGAGGCCAAAGUCCAUGAGGAGAUUGAUCGGGUGAUUGGCAAGAACCGUCAGCCCAAGUUUGAGGACCGGGCCAAGAUGCCCUACACAGAGGCAGUGAUCCAUGAGAUCCAAAGAUUUGGAGACAUAAUCCCUUUGAGUCUGGCCCGCAGAGUCAUCAAGGACACCAAGUUUCGGGAGUUUCUCCUCCCCAAGGGCACCGAAGUGUUCCCUAUGCUGGGCUCUGUGCUGAGAGAUGCCAAGUUCUUCUCCAACCCCCAAGACUUCCACCCCCAGCACUUCCUGGAUGAGAAGGGGCAGUUUAAGAAGAGUGAUGCUUUUGUGCCCUUCUCCAUUGGAAAGCGAUACUGUUUCGGAGAAGGCCUGGCUAGGAUGGAGCUCUUUCUCUUCCUCACCACCAUCUUGCAGAACUUCCGCUUCAAGUCCCUGCAGCUGCCCCAAGACAUCGACGUGUCCCCCAAGCUCGUGGGCUUAGCCACCAUCCCACGAAAUUACACCAUGAGCUUCCAGCCCCGCUGAACAAGGGCUUUGGGAGGGUAGGGCUGGUUGGGGGAGCAAUGCAGAGGUAGGUACAGGGGCGUGGCUACUGAGUCUAGCGGGGUUAUUGGAGGGUGGGGCUAGCAGGAGGGAGGUGGAGUAAUGAAAUAAGAGGGGCAGAGUGGGGAUCCCUGGGUGGCGCAGCAGUUUGGCGCCUGCCUUUGGCCCAGGGCGCGAUCCUGGAGACCCGGGAUCGAAUCCCACGUCGGGCUCCCGGUGCAUGGAGCCUGCUUCUCCCUCUGCCUAUGUCCCUGCCUCUCUCUCUGUGACUAUCAUAAAUAAAAAUUUUAAAAAAAGAGGGGCAGAGUGGAUGGGAGAGGAAGAGGAAAGGAAUGGGCUUUAUUCACCUUGGAAAACAUAGAUUCUUCAUCGGUGGGAUGAGAGGAAGGGAAAUUAUUGAGCAAAUAUUCUCUGUCAGGUCCAUGCAAAAGUGUUAACACAUUUACUUCACCUAAUGCUCACAUGGCUAUGCAACAGAAAACUGUUUAUGCCCAUUUUACAGGUGGCAAAUCUUAAAUAAUUCGCAAGGAAUCUACAACAAUGACCAAAAAAAAAAAAAAACUCCUAAUAAAUGACUUUAGCAAAGUCACUAAACAUACCAAAAUUUUUUUGUGUGUUGUUGCUUUCUAUACACUAGCAAGAACUCUAUGAAAUCAAAAUUAACACAAUACCAUUUACAGUCACUCCAAAAAAAUUAAUAUAUGUAACUAUCUAACAACACAUGCACAGAAUCUAACAACACAUUCACAGAACUUAAAUGCUGAAAGCUACAUAACACUGAAGAAAGAUCAAAAUUUUUUUAAGAUUUUAUUUAUUUAUUCAUGAGAGACAGACAGAGAGAGAGAGAGAG